AUGGAGGUGAACAGAGAUUCCAACAAUUUAUUUUGCAAAGAAACAAUUUCUGAAAAUGAAGUCAAGCCUUUAGAAUUUGUAAAAGUUGAAAUUAAACAAGAGAUAUCUGAAAAUGAAGUCAAACCUUUAGAAUUUGUAAAAGUUGAAAUUAAACAAGAGAUAUCUGAAUAUAAUGAUUGGCCAGAUAAUUCACAAGAUUUAAGUUCCUUUUGUCUAAAUAAUAUAAAACAUGAAAUGGAAGACACAAAACCUGAACCUUUCCAAUUUAAUGAAAAUAAGAAAUAUAGAUACAAGAAUUUAAAAAACUAUGAAAAAGGGCUGAUCAGACAAAAUAUUAAGAACCCUUCAGAAUUUUUACCCUUUCUAUUCCAAUAUCGAGUGUCACACAACAGUUGAGGUGAUGGAACAAAAUCAAUGUUGAACAUUAAUUACUACAUUUUUAUUUCAAGUCAUAAACACUUUUUCCACCUACCUCUAUCCAAAGUAUACAUUUCCUGACCUCAUUGUAGGGAGCAAAGUCAUACUUUUCCUCCCUAGAGAGACAAAGUACUUUCACUUCAAAGUAUUUUUACUCCCUGGGGAGUAAAAGUGACGUCAUGGUAUUUCAUUGAUACAAUAACUUAUUGACGCAACACUAAACUAAUUUAAUGUAAUAUAAAUAAUUAUUGUUAUUUACAACUUGGGCAUAUUUUCAGAGCACAUUGUAAAUACAGAUAAUAUAGAUAAUUUACACACAAAACAU